AUGGCCUACCGCGACCAACCCGACCCUCACCACGCUUCCUACGUAUCGCCCUUUGACAAACAAUACUACGACCGCGGGAGAAGCCCCGACUAUGGCACGAGACCCAAGUCUCGCACUGGCACCAAUGCCUCCGACUCUCAGCCUCGUGACUCCAGUCCCGCCUGGGACCGCCGCAGUUUCGACAGUGGCUCGCAGCCCAUCCAGCAGCCACUGAAGAAUGCCAUCGGACACGCCUUCGACAAGUCUGAUGCUGCGCGGGUCGUCGACCCAGAUCUCAUCGCUCAGAUUACGGAGCAAGUGAAGAGGUCCGUCUUGGACGAGAUCAAAUCAAGCGGCAUGGCUGGUGCUACACAAGCACAAAACAUUCCCGUCUCCCCGCAGCAAUGGGUCCCGCCCUCGCCAGUGUCGACAUCCAACUCGAUUCCGCCUCGAGACGUGUACACCCCGCCAUCUCCAAAACGCACCGACUUCUCAAGCCAGCAGUCUCCCGAGCGCGACCCCUUGUAUCGCGACCCACUGCUGGAUGGCAAUAGCGACCUGCCUACCCCGCGUCCUGAGCGAAGCGCACCAGUAGAGCGAGAACGGCCAUCUGCGCGACCGGGCCCCGCGCCCAGGAUGAUGACCGAAGACUAUACCCCGAUCGAGAAGAUGUGGCAGCGACUGUUCGAGCCAGACGGUCAGCCUUUGCCUCGCCUUGGCCAGCUCUUGCGUGGACUGGCUCUGCACUUGAUCGAAGACUACGAACCCAAGCACAGUCUAGUCAUCUCCCCGGCCAAGAUGCUCAAGUUCUAUGAGGAGGUCAAGCUCAAAGAUGAAAUCUAUCCAUGGCAAACCAUCUUUGGAGACCUCUCGUAUUCCGCUCUUUCCAAAGUAUACCGCGACAUGCGAUGCCAGCACCAUCUCAUCCAAGAACAUCCCGCAGAAGCGCCUUACAUCCCUGCGCUUACUCCCGAAGGCUUCCAGGAAUGGAUGACGACCAUGAUCCAGGCAUAUCCCGACACAGAGUACGAACGAUUAGUAAAGGCCAUCUUGGACAUGCCGAUCAGCAACGCAGACGAUCGGAAGGAACGGUUCCCGAAAGAACUUCCUCGUAGGAUGUUCCCGACCAUCGAGAACCUACACGCGCAGCAAAGAUGCGCUGCAGCCUUGUCCGCUGAGGGUGUUGGGCCGCUUCGUAAGGCACCUACCUUCCCACCGCCGCCGCCCAAGACCCAAGCCCCUCCCCCAGGGCCCAGUCUUGAACGCGAACGUAGUCCAUAUUCCUCGAGGCCCGAAGUGAGGCCAAUGGACUUUGAAGAUGAGCCAAUGUCUACAUCCGUACCUAUCGAGCGGGAGCGCAAGCCUUACUCAGCCGCUCCUGGUGGCGGAAAAUCCUAUACCGAAGACAUGAGCUCCAGCACCUACUCUGAUACUUCCGCCAACGAGAAGCGUCGACGCGCGCAAUCGAAUGCCGGUCAGGGACCGUGGGGUCCUCCUCCUACGGACGCUCACUACCACCAGCAGCCACCUCCCCCUCGUGGCCCGAACGUCCGGCCGCGAAGCCCAAGCUUCUCCAACUUCGGCACUCAGUCUGAUCCCACGGUGCGCGACAUUCCCAGCAACUACUACGCGUCCAACAUGCACAAUCCCGCAGAUGAUCCCCAUCGCCGCCGGGAAUCUGACAACAAGAGGCACACCCGCCAACGAAGCGGUACCAAUGGCAUGGGUGCAUCUUUCGACUCUCAGGCCCGAUCGGUGUACGACGACGAUGAUUACCCGCGAUCGAGGUGGAACUAG